AUGGCCACCAGCGCGGAGAUGCUCUGCCGCUACACACCGCCGGCGUUCAGGCUCUUCACGGAGGGCGUGGUCAACCAGAAGUUUGACGAGGAGCCCAAGUACGAGGCCUACAUGAAGCUCUUCGAGCCGCUGUGCGGGCCGUCACCCAGCAGGCCCAUCAUCACGGAGGGCGCGGUCAAGGUCAUGGUGGGCCAGAAGCGCGGCCGUGACGCGGGGGACGACCUGCUGGACGAUGGGGCCCUGCCCAAGAAGAAGGUGCGGCUGGGCCUGCCUGCCACCCAGUGGAUCACGGUGUACAACGCGCACCGCCCCAUGAAGCAGCGCUACCACUACAACGUGGCCAACACGCGCGUGGACCAGCACGUCGAGAAGGGCAACGACGACGGGCUGUACAUCAGCAGCGUGGCGUGCUGCCAGGAGCUGUGGGCGCUCAUCAUGGACGCCGGGACAGGCUUUACCGCCCAGGUCUACUCCAUGAGCACGCAGUUCCUGCCAAAGGAGUGGAUCAUGGAGAAGUGGGAGGAGGGCUACUACAUCACAGCCAUGGCCGGCUCCAUGAGCGGCAGCAGCCUCGUGGUCAUGAGCAAGGGCACACCCUACACGCAGCAGUCCUACAAGGUGGGGGGUUUGGGGGACGGAUGGGGGUAG